GAGAGGUGGCAACUUCAGAACUGCACAGGAAGAGAUCGGCUGACUACAAAGGUGCAAGGAAUGCCAAAGUCUGAGAAAGAAAGUGAUAAGAAAGUGUGUGGGAGAGAACAUGAACGACAGCCGACACUAAAAGAAGAGCAUGAUGCAUCUCCCCCUCUGCUGAAUGAAUGUUCUUCACCACAGCAUGAGCAACAUCUUUCUUCUCAGGGAGCUGGUAAUCAGGAACGGAUGCAUUUUCUUCAGCUGGUGUUUCAGAAUUCUUGUGCUGGCCAGAUCAGGCCAACUGUACUCCGUUCUACGGCUUUCCUGCUUCAGGCAAGCGAGACCAACCCAACAGCAAUGAAAAAAAUAAAAGAUGCAGGUCGCAGUGCCCAGAUUUCAAUCCAAGCUGUUCCUGGAUCAAGCCAGCCCGGGAAACAUUUUCCCAGCUUUCACUCACACAGGCACGGCCAGUCAGACAUUGAGAGUUCCAGCUCUCUGUUUAUAAAUGGACAAUGUCGUUGGCCUGGCUGUGACGAAGUCUUUCAAGGGUAUCAAUGUUUUUUGAGACACCUGAAUCGAGACCACAGCACAGGUGAGAAAACUAUUGCGCAGUGGCGAGUUCAGCAAGACCUGGUACGACACAUGGAAAAUCAGCUCAUUCAGGAGAAGCAGAGACUUCACGCCAUGCAGCUCCACCUUCGGCUGUUUGAGUGCAUCUCAACACGCACCGGAGCAGAUCCAGGAUGGUGGAGGCCGCUGGCACUAAAUUUGUCCCCGUUGGGGGAGCCAAAUGGCAGGACAGAGAGAGCAAGUGAAGCACCAGUGCGACAGGAACACUUGCACACCCCCUCACCAUACCUGCUGCCAGAUUUUGUUAGCAGCAUUGAAUACUACAAAUAUGCCAAUAUACGACCUCCAUAUACGUAUGCUUUCCUAAUCAGAUGGUCAAUACUAGAAGCUCCAGAAAAACAACGGAUGCUAAACGAGAUUUACAGUUGGUUCACACGAAUGUUCUACUACUUCCGUCAUAACUCUCCUACAUGGAAGAAUGCUGUGCGACACAAUCUGAGUCUUCAUAAAUGCUUUGUGCGAGUGGACGGGAGGACGGGGGCGGUUUGGACGGUGGAUGAGGAAGAGUUUCAAAAGAGGAAAGGACAGAAAAUCAACAGGGACUAUACUUUGAAAUGGCUGACACCUUUCUCCAAUUCUCCAACCCAUGAGACCUCAGAUGUAUCGAUGAAAACCACAGAUUAAAAGUGAAACCUUCUAUAAUUUGAGACUGUUCAGUUACAUAGAGUUUUGUUAAUAUACAUUUUUGUAUCCAAACUAUCUAUAUCUGAACAAAAAUAUACAAUAAGUCUUACCUAAAAUAUGGUGUUAAUUACAGUCUUGCCAGUUGUCUUUGUAACAAUUAUCAACAGCUAUUGUCUUUGCAAUUAUUUAUGCAGACAGUAAGGCUUUUAUUUUUCAUUGAUUUAAACUGUGCAUUAUUACUUUAUUUCUAUAUUUUGUGCUAUACCAAAACUCCUUUUUGGAUUAAAAUUGAGAGUAAAAUAAAUAAAGUUUAAAAUGAAAGACAAUAUUGUAGCAAUGAUUAUGUUUAUAUUAGAAAAUAAAAAUUCAGAAUUUCACUUUGAGUGACAAAACUCCAACCUGACCAGAAGAGGGCAUCUGUGUGUGUGUUUUCCGUGCGUCCGUGCGCGCGCAUGCUUUUGGGUGUGGUAAUUCUGUAACCGUUCAGGCAAAGACAUAAAGCAUCAUCAAAGCUGCUGGUA